CCACCAAAGGACUGCUCCGUUUUGCUUUUCAUAUAAAAGUCACCAUCCAGCCGAUACUAUUAUCAGUCACCUGCUCUGAUUAAACUAGUGCAAAAUGUUCACCAAAGUUGUAGCCCUUAGCGCCGUGUUGGCCGCGGUCAACGCUGGUCUGCUGCCGGUACACCACGGCGCCGUCUCCUCGCAGAGCAUCGUGCGACAUGACGCGCCCGCGCACUAUGCGCCAGCGCACUAUGCCGCCCCCCUGCACUACGCUGCACCCGUCGUCCACGCCGCCCCCGUCGUCCACGCCGCCCCUGUCGUCCACGCCGCUCCUCUUGUAGCCCAUGUUGAGCACGCCCACCCUAAAUACGACUACGCUUACUCCGUGGCCGACCCCCACACCGGCGACCACAAGUCGCAGCACGAGUCCCGCGACGGAGGUGCCGUCCAUGGAUCCUACUCCCUGGUCGAGCCCGACGGUUCCGUGCGCAAGGUCACCUACACCGCUGAUGACCACAAUGGUUUCAACGCGGUGGUCCACAAGACCCCCGGCCACCACCCCGCCCCCGUGGUCCACGCCGCCCCCGUGCACUAUGCUGCGCCCGUGGUCCACGCCGCGCCCCUGGCCCACUACGCCGUCGCACCCCUCGCCCACGGACAUCAUGGCCUCCACUACUAGACCACUGCACUAGCAACAUUAUUGAUAUGAUCGUGAUGGAUGACUGAUGAUUGUGAUAUUUAUGUGUACAUAAUGAUGAUGAUGAAUAUGAAUCUAUACUCGACUGUAAAUAUACUCAGCUGCUGAACAGUUA